GAUGAAAAGUAGGGGGUAGAGACUAGAGAGACUAGAGACUAGAGAGUGCCAGAGAGUCAGGCCACAACGUUACGCUGUGAUUUAUUAUCGUUUUCACGCAACGGAGAAUUGGAAGUAACUUGAAAGAUGCCGAAUAUAAAGCUGCAGAGUUCGGAUGGCGAAGUAUUUGAGGUAGACGUUGAAAUUGCAAAAUGUUCAGUCACGAUAAAAACCAUGCUGGAGGACUUGGGAAUGGAUGAAGACGAGGAAGAAGUUGUUCCCUUACCAAAUGUUAACUCUGCUAUACUGAGAAAGGUCAUUCAAUGGGCCACGUAUCACAAAGAUGAUCCCCCACCACCUGAAGAUGAUGAAAACAAAGAGAAGCGAACUGACGACAUCAGCUCAUGGGAUGCUGAUUUUUUGAAGGUUGAUCAAGGAACCUUAUUCGAACUGAUUUUGGCAGCAAAUUACUUGGACAUCAAAGGACUUCUAGAUGUAACGUGCAAGACUGUGGCAAACAUGAUAAAGGGAAAGACACCGGAAGAAAUUCGUAAGACGUUCAAUAUAAAGAACGAUUUUACAGCUUCAGAAGAGGAGCAGGUUCGCAAGGAGAAUGAAUGGUGCGAGGAGAAGUAGAAAGAAAAAGAGAAGGAACGGAAGAAAAGCUUUUUAAAUCAUCUGUAACUGUAGGUUUAUCGCGUAUUAAAUCUGCAGAUGUCUCACAAAUUCGAAUUUCAGGCUUGUCGCAAAAUAAAAACCCAAUCUCUGAUGAAAGAUUUAGCAAUAACAGAAUAUUCCUGUUUCAGCUGAGUUUGUCCAUUCGCGUACAAUGUACUUUAUUUCAAAAUUAGAAAUACCGAUAACAGUUGCUUGGAAAAAUAAAUUUUUGCAGGUAAUACGAAUGUUUUCCACUAUCAUGUUUUCAUUUUCUAAUGGAAAACAUGGAUUUUCAGUUUAACGACCCAUACCACGAAAGCGUUAAUUUAUCAAUAGCACGAAUAAUUUCUGUGUAUAAUUAACGAAGUAUAACUUUAGUCUAUUUAAAUAUCAAUACCUUCAGGAACUGUUAUAUCUGCAUCUUGUCUGUGAAUCUUUGAUCUUCUUUAGUCAAAUCUUUUGUGAAUACGUGUAGCGAAUCAUUUGAUAUAAUAUAUGAUGACCAAGGUGACUGAACUAUGAAAUAAUAAUAAAUUAGCUUACCAUUUGCUCAGAAUGUAAAAUAUUACUUUCAUCUAUUCGACAGUGCAGAAUCAGUUUUUUUUUUUUUGAUCAUUCAAAUCUUGUACUGUCCUCCAUUCUUCUUAAUUUAAUUACUUAUAAAAUAUAUCAACCCUUAAUGUAUACAUUAGAUCCUGUAACAAGAAGAAAAAGGUAGUAUUAAUAUGCGUAAAUAAUAAAAUUCAUUUUUCGUAAAA